ACAAAGUGAUUGUGUUUUGUCUGUUGAGUUAAUACGGUCGUAUUAUAAAGUUAAAUAGAAGAUAAUGAAGGCGUCAAUGGUUUAAAAAUUGUUCGAAAAUAUAAACAAAAUGGUGUCUGUUCCAAAACGUAAAGAAAUUUACAAAUACGAGGCUCCAUGGACAGUUUACGCCAUGAACUGGAGUGUGAGGCCAGACAAGAGGUUUCGGUUGGCUAUUGGAAGUUUUAUUGAGGAAUAUAAUAACAAAGUUCAGAUCGUGAGCCUGGACGAGGAGAGGUCAGAGUUCAAGGCUCGUAGCAUGUUCGAUCAUCCGUAUCCGUGCACGAAGAUCAUUUGGAUCCCGGAUAAAAAAGGGGUUUUCCCCGAUUUGUUGGCUACCAGCGGUGACUACCUUCGACUGUGGAGAGUGGUGUCCGAUACCGAGACGCGAUUAGAAUGUUUGUUGAACAACAACAAGAACUCUGACUUUUGCGCCCCGCUUACAGCUUUCGAUUGGAAUGAAGUUGAACCAAAUUUACUCGGUACCAGUAGCAUUGACACCACCUGUACAAUAUGGGGAUUGGAGACUGGUCAAGUACUUGGGAGGACUAAUGUAGUUUCCGGGCAUGUGAAGACCCAGCUUAUAGCUCACGAUAAAGAGGUUUAUGACAUCGCAUUCAGUCGAGCAGGAGGUGGACGGGACAUGUUUGCAUCGGUUGGGGCAGACGGCUCAGUUCGAAUGUUUGAUCUUCGUCAUCUUGAACAUUCAACCAUUAUAUAUGAGGACCCCACCCACCAACCCUUGCUUAGAUUAUGUUGGAACAAACAAGAUCCAAACUACCUUGCUACAAUGGCCAUGGAUGGUGUGGAGGUUAUUAUUCUUGACGUGCGAGUACCCUGUACACCGGUUGCCAAGUUAAACAACCAUCGUGCUUGUGUGAAUGGGAUCGCGUGGGCCCCGCAUUCAUCUUGUCAUGUCUGCACCGCUGGCGAUGACCAUCAAGCGUUAAUAUGGGACAUACAGCAAAUGCCACGAGCCAUUGAGGAUCCAAUACUUGCUUACACAGCAGAUGGGGAGAUUAACCAGAUACAGUGGGCUGCCGGGCAACCUGAUUGGAUUUCUAUUUGUUACAACAAGACAUUGGAAAUCCUAAGGGUUUGAAUCAGUGUUGCACAAUUUUUUAUUUUUAUAUUCUGCCACAUUUUCAUUUGGAAACACUCUUAGGUUGCUGUGUUGAGUGACAAUUGUGUGUGUGAUGUCACACUGCAUAUAUUCCUAUCAAUAGUCAUGUAUUGUGACAUCACUGAAGGCGUGAUUGUUGUUUUGUAAAUAUUUAUUUUAUAAAAAAACUCAGAAUUAUGACGUCUGUUAAGUCGGCCACAUUCAAAAUCCUUUGUUACCUAACUAUAUAUAUUGUCUGUCGUACAAUACUACGUACCGCAAAAUGUAAUGCGCUCAAAUAAAAGGACUUUCGUAACAAGAAA